UGACCAGAAUGGCUCUAGUCCCUGCAGGUCAUCAGGAGCGAGGUGGAGGAGGGGCACUAAAGGAGGAUGCUGCCACGGAGACAGCAGUGGAGGCCCCGAGGUCUUCGUCACCUCUGUCCCUGCCUACCUCAGCCUUCCCUCCAAACUGUUGUCCUCAACCCCAGGUGACCAUGGAGGAAGAAGAUGAGUCUCGAGGUAAAACAGAAGAGUCCGGAGAGGAGCGGGGAGACGGUCCACCCGACAGAGAUCCUGCCCUUUCUCCUUCUGCCUUUAUCCUGCGGGCUAUUCAGCAGGCUGUGGGAAGCUCCCUGCAGGGGGACCUGCCUAAUGAUAAAGAUGGCUCUCGGUGUCGUGGCCUUCGAUGGAGGCGCUGCUGCCGGAGUCCACGGUCAGAGCCUCGUCCACAGGAGUCAGGGGGCGCUGACACAGCCGCUGUAUUGGACACAGCCGCAGAUAGCUUCCUUGUGGGGCUGGUGAGCAUCCUGGAUCCCCCGGACACUUGGGUUCCCAGCCGCCUGGACCUGCGACCUGGCGAAAGUGAGGACAUGCUAGAGCUGGUGGCUGAGGUCCGCAUCGGUGACAGGGACCCCAUGCCUCUACCUGUGCCCAGUCUGCUGCCCCGCCUCAGGGCCUGGAGGACAGGAAAGACAGUUUCUCCACAGUCCCACGCUUCUCGACCUGCCUGUGCCCGGCAGCUCCUCACCUUGGGCACAGGGGAUGGAGGGCCUGCCCCGCCACCUGCUCCCUCCUCUGCCUCCUCCUCGCCUUCCCCUUCCCCAUCCUCAUCUUCUCCUUCUCCUCCGCCUCCUCCUCCACCCCCGCCACCCCCUGCUCUGCCUGCCCCCCGGUUUGACAUCUAUGACCCCUUCCACCCCACCGACGAGGCCUAUUCCCCACCACCAGCCCCUGAGCAAAAAUAUGACCCCUUCGAGCCCACGGGCUCUAACCCCAGCUCAUCAGCGGGGACCCCCUCACCAGAGGAGGAGGAGGAAGAGGAGGAAGAGGAGGAGGAAGGUCUGUCACAGAGCAUCAGCCGCAUCUCAGAGACCCUGGCGGGCAUCUACGAUGACAACAGCUUGAGCCAGGACUUCCCAGGUGAUGAAAGCCCCCACCGGGAACCCCCAACCCCUCAGACGCUAGGACCCCCAGGGACGCCACCACAGGCCGACUCCACGCGGGCCGAAGGGGCCCCGCGCCGCAGGGUCUUUGUAGUGGGACCGGAGGCUGAGGCCUGUCUUGAGGGCAAGGUAUCGGUGGAAGUAGUGACAGCCGGUGGACCAGCGCUGCCCCUGCCACCACUACCUGCGACUGAUCCGGAGAUAGAGGAGGGUGAGAUUGUGCAGCCUGAGGAGGAGCCCAGGGUGGCAGUGUCAUUGUUCCGCUCUGCCCGCCCUCGUCAGCCUCCUGCCUCAGUAGCCACCCUUGCUUCAGUGGCCGCCCCCGCUGCACCCCCAGCCUCUGCUCCGCGUGCCCCCGAGGGCGAUGAUUUCCUGUCGCUGCAUGCUGACUCUGAUGGCGAGGGAGCGCUGCAGGUGGACCUGGGUGAGCCACCCGCACCGCCUGCGGCUGACGCGCGCUGGGGCAGCUUGGACCUGCGCCGCAAAAUCCUAACACAGCGCCGGGAGCGCUACCGGCAGCGCUCCGCCUCGCCGGGCCCUCCACCUGCGCGCAAGAAGGCGCGCCGUGAGCGUCAGCGCAGCGGGGACCCAGCGCCACCCGACUCGCCCACCUGGGAUGCCAAGAAGCAUCGCUCACGUGAGCGCAAGGUUGGCUCCCAUUCCACUGCCCGCCGUCGCUCGCGUUCCCGCUCCCGUUCCCGCCGCCGGUCCCGUUCCCGCAGCGCAGACCGCAGACGAGGGGGCCACCGCUCUCGCUCCCGGGAGAAGCGCAGGCGCCGGCGGCGCUCAGCCUCACCACCUCCAGCAGCAUCCUCGUCUUCAUCCUCGAGACGUGAGCGGCACCGCGGCAAGCGUCGGGAGGGUGGCAAGAAGAAAAAAAAGCGAUCUCGGUCGCGGGCAGAGAAACGGUCUGGGGAUUUGGAGAAGCUGCCCGCACCUGUGCCUGCCUCAGGCUCUGACCGUGACAGCCGGCGCCGUGGGGCCGUGCCACCCUCUAUCCAGGACCUCACGGACCACGACCUGUUUGCCAUCAAACGGACCAUCACGGUGGGUCGCCCGGACAAGGCAGAGCCCCGGGCACCUUCGCCAGCACCUGCUGUGUCUCCGAAGCGGGAGGUGCUGUACGACUCUGAGGGUCUCAGUGCUGAUGACCGGGGUGGCAAGAGCGGCAAGGACCGACGGCGCUCAGGGGCUGCGUCCUCGUCCUCGUCCUCAAGGGAGAAAGGGUCCCGACGGAAGGCCCUCGAUGGGGGCGACCGGGGCAGAGAUAGGGACAGGUCAUCCAAGAAGAUGCGGCCGCCUAAGGACUUGGCGUCUGGCCCAGGGCCACUGCCCAAAGCCCCGUUAAGCAGCGGCUCCUCAUCCUCAUCGUCAUCCUGCUCUUCCCGCAAAGUGAAACUGCAAUCCAAGGUGGCCGUGCUCAUCCGAGAGGGCGUCAGCAGCACCACCCCUGCCAAGGAUUCCUCAUCUUCGGGCCUGGGCUCCAUUGGGGUCAAGUUUAGCCGCGACCGUGAGAGCCGCUCGCCGUUCCUCAAGCCGGACGAGCGGGCUCCUGCAGAAGUGGCCAAGGUGGCUCCGGGCAGCACCAAGCCCAAAAAGACCAAGGCCAAGGUCAAGGCCGGGGCCAAGAAAGCCAAGGGGACCAAGGGAAAGACCAAGCCGUCGAAGACCAGGAAGAAGAUCCGCAGUGGAGGUAGCAGCACAGCCAGCGGUGGGCCUGGUUCACUGAAGAAGUCCAAGGCUGACAGCUGCAGCCAGGCAGCCAGCGCCAAGGGGACAGAGGAAACAUCAUGGUCUGGGGAGGAACGGACCACCAAGGCCCCCAGUACUCCACCACCUAAGGUAGCCCCACCUCCACCCGUGCUCACCCCGGACUCCCAGACUGUGGAUAGCAGCUGCAAGACCCCUGAAGUCUCCUUCCUGCCAGAGGAAGCCAGUGAGGACACUGGGGUCCGAGGAGGGGCAGAGGAGGAGGAAGAAGAGGAAGAAGAAGAGGAGGAAGAAGAGGAGCAGCAGCCUGCCACUACCACAGCCACCAGCACCGCUGCAGCUGCCCCAAGCACUGCCCCCAGUGCGGGAUCUACAGCUGGAGACUCUGGCGCAGAGGAUGGGCCAGCUGCUAGGGUCUCCCAGCUGCCAACGCUCCCCCCACCCAUGCCCUGGAACCUGCCCGCUGCUGUGGACUGCACUACCAGUGGUGUCCUCGCCUUGACUGCACUGCUAUUCAAGAUGGAGGAAGCCAACCUGGCCAGCCGAGCAAAGGCCCAGGAGCUGAUCCAGGCCACCAACCAGAUCCUCAGCCAUCGGAAGCCACCCUCCACUCUGGGGGUGACCCCAGCUCCCGUACCCACUUCCUUGGGUCUGCCCCCAGGCCCCUCCAGCUAUCUGCUUCCUGGCAGCCUCCCCAUAGGGGGCUGUGGCUCUACCCCUCCUACCCCCACUGGGCUGGCCCCUGCAUCUGACAAGAGAGAGGGCAGCAGCAGCUCAGAGGGACGUGGGGACACUGACAAGUAUCUGAAGAAGCUACACACACAGGAGCGUGCAGUGGAGGAGGUGAAGUUGGCCAUCAAACCAUACUACCAGAAGAAAGACAUCACCAAGGACGAGUACAAGGACAUCCUGAGGAAGGCUGUCCACAAGAUCUGCCACAGCAAAAGCGGUGAGAUCAACCCUGUCAAGGUGAGCAACCUGGUGAGGGCCUACGUCCAGCGCUACCGCUACUUCCGCAAGCACGGUCGCAAGCCGGGGGACCCCCCAGGACCACCUCGGCCACCCAAGGAGCCUGGGCCCCCAGACAAGGGUGGCCCAGGCCUGCCCCUGCCCCCUCUCUGAGACUCCAUACCCUGCCCCUGCGCCUCUGAGAUUCUGGACAUAUUUAUGGCUCCACUUCCCCACUACACCUCCCACAGUGGGAUGAUGGGGAGGGUUGCUGUGAGGAAGACGAGACCCCCCCCAUGAGCCC